GUUACGUCUUCGUCACGUCCUUGUUCUGAUGUUUGUCUGAGGUUCCCUGAGUUUGCGGUCAGUCCUCUGGAAUUCCCUGUUGCUACCUGUAAUGAGCAUUAGCCUCCGCUCAGCAGUGCUGCCAGGUUCUUGGACUGUUUUCUGGAUAUUUGUUCACUAUUAAAACUCAUCCUCUACACCUCAUCUGGGUCUGCUGCUUUUGCCUCACCGCCACCAACACCACUUUAUGACAAGAUGGUAGACAUUAUUGCUUUUCAGAUAAGGAAGGAGGGCGGGUAAAAUUAACAAACGUCUGGUUCGUUCAUUUUAUAACUACGAGGACGAGCAGAGACGUGUGCCGACGAUGCAGAAAAACACGAAGAGCCAGAUCGAGUCGUCACUCCUACUGGGAGGCCAAGCUUUAAGAAAACGUUUUCUUCUGAAGAUCGGAUGGAUCUUUCUGCUGUUGGUUUUUGUUGUCUUAUGGGUCAUGUUUAGCAAUCCCAACAUCGCUGAUCACUUCGCCGGUAAAUUAGCGGAGAAGAAAGUCCCCACCACUGAGGCUCUGAUUCCCACCACCAGAACUCUGAAACGUCCCAUUGAGCCUCCUAAGCAGACCAGUUUCUGCUCCUUCCACUCUGUGUUACCUGAAGAUGUUCUCGAGUUGGAAUUUUUAAAGAACCACAUCACCUGGCCUGAAACACCGUCUGUCCCAGCCAACUUCUAUCUGCAGGACACCAGUCAUCCCGCUCACAGCACUUUCACCAUUCUUCCACGUGACGGAGGGGGGAGUUGGCAUGUUGGCGACCAGCUGAAGGUUUUGAUAAAAAUAAAUGACUUUCUUGGUCGCCCCAAGAAAUCUGGUGGCGAUGUCUUAUUUGGUCGACUGCACGACCCAACUGUCCACGCAGGCGUGGUGGGGAAAGUCUUUGAUCAUCGCAACGGUUCCUACACGGCUGUAUUCUCUUUACUUUGGGAAGGAAGCGCGCAGGUUGAGGUGACCCUGGUCCAUUCCAGUGAGGCAGUCACAGUCCUAGAGAGAGUCAACAUGGAAAAGCCUGGCAGAAUUUUUUUCGAAAGCAUCUUCCGCUCAGGCUCAGUCACCGAGGCUACCAAUUGUAACGUGUGCCUCAAGGAACCCCCGGAGCAGCUGUGCAACUUCACGGACACUCACACUGGUGAGCCCUGGUUCUGCUACAAGCCAAAGACGCUCAAAUGUGAACACAGGGUCAUCCACGCUUUCAAAGGUUUUGUGCCACAACCAACAGGAAACGAGGCCAAGCUCUUUCAAAGUGGUGUCAACUUGAAAGUCUCCAUUCCAUCUUUAGGAUCCUCCAACAUCACCAUUUUACCAAAACUAAAAGUUCCCAAUAAAACAGUCCCUGAUAAUGUGUCAGGAGAAGCCACGAGAGCUAGUCCUGUUGGUUAUUACUACCAGGGUGCAUGGCGACCACUAGAUGGCACCACAGUUCAUCAGUUUAACGACGCCACUGCAAUCAGCCAGUGUCUGAAAGGGAAGGUUCUCCAUCUUUAUGGAGACUCCACCGUCAGGCAGUGGUUUGAAUUCUUAAUAGCUAAAGUUCCAGAUCUCAAGAAGUUUGACCUGAAAACCCCCCCACAAACCGGGCCCCUUAUGGCCUUGGAUUAUAAAAACAACAUUUUAUUGACGUUCCGCUGCCACGGCCCCCCCCUCCGUGCUUUUCCAUUGCCGGUCAGCCAGUUCCAUUUUGUUGCCAACGAACUGGACAACGUGGUUGGAGGCACAAACACUGUUGUAAUUUUUGGCGUCUGGGCACACUUUGGCGUUUACCCUGUGGAGGUCUACAUCCGACGUCUGCUGAGCAUAAGGAGGGCAGUGGUGCGGUUGUUGACCAGAGCUCCAGAUACUCUGGUUGUCAUCAGGACUGGUAAUCCCAAACGGCUGACGCUACGUGAGUCUCUGACCACUGAUGAUUACUACGCGUUGCAACGAGACAAGAUACUCAGAGCAAUAUUCAAAAAAGUUAAUGUCCGACUGCUGGAUGCCUGGGAGAUGACUCAGGCUCACUACCUUCCACAUGACCUCCACCCACCACAACCCAUAAUUAAGAAUAUGUUAGAUGUUAUUUUGUCCCACAUAUGCCCCCAGAGGUGAAUUUUAAAGACACAUGGAAGAAGUAGAAGACUGUGGAUCUGUGUGGUCUGGUAACUAUUGGUGAUUGGUAACACAUACUUACCGUUUGAUGUUUUUGAUACAGACAAAUCCAGCUGUGCGGAAGAGGGGAAAAAUAUUAACAAAAAGAAGCAGAUGCAGGGUUUGUGUUUUAUGGGAAAUGUAAGGACACUUUAUGGCGUAUCAAAGCUUUCAUUCCACAAAAUAUUCAAUAAAAGAACAUAACCAUAACCCCAUCUAAUCUCCCAACAUCCAAUUUGAUCUCAAAUGUCUUUUCUCAGGCCUGCUGCCUCUAAGAGUUUUUCACAACUGAAUGGAUUUUGAUGUAAAUCAGUGUAGCGCUCUGCAUUAAUAUGCUCGCUAUGCUAGCUUAGAUCUUGUCAGUUGUGUUCUGUGUGUGGUGCUUUUCAAGAAAUUACUCAAAUUACAUGAUCACAGAGCAACACAUUUCUGGAGGUAACACUGACAUAAACAUUUGAUAUAUAAAUUACUCAAAAAAAAAAAAUGAGUCAAAAUAAUAUAGUGAGUUGUGCAGCUAACGUUAUAUUAACAAUAAAGGCAUUUAUAUCUGUUUAUUUUUUGCAUGCUAAUUUAAAAAAAACCAUUAAAUUACCUAGUUAUUAGUGUAAUCUGCACUUAGCACUGGUAACAUUAUUUCCAUUACUACAAUAGAAUGAUUCUCUCUGAGUAUUAUGUGUACAGGUCUAAUACUGUGUUUUUAGCCUGCAUUGCAGAGUCAGUGCAUCCAAGCUGCUAUAAUCAAAUUUCUACAUUAAUACAGUUGUAUGAAUGAUUUGUUCUUAAUUGAUAUGACAUUUCUCUUGAAUGACUGUAAAAACAAGUUUUCCAGCUUUUUAACAGAAAACUAAAUUAGCUAAAUAACCCUGUUCCUUUUUCUUGUUAAUAUUGUAUUAUAUUUUCAAUGUAUAGGCUUGAAAAAUGUACCAAAACUAAUGGAUGAUUUGAAACAAAAAUUUGACAUUCCAACUAAACAUUUUUUUAAGUUUUUGCAAAUCAGAAGUUUUGUCAUGGGUACUCAAAAAUCUCUAACAUUGCCUACUCUUACUUCUAUAGAAGAAUUGGCAACAAAUGACCAUUUGAAGAAGGGCCUAAUAUCCCGCUUUUAUAACAUCAUCAAAGACAGCUCCCAGACAUCCUCAGAGCACAAACGACUGGCUUGGUGUGAAGACUUGAAAUGUAACAUAUCAGUAGAAGAAUGGCAGAGGGCCUGUCUAAAGGCACAGACACAAUCUAUUAAUACUCAAUUUAAAUUAAUCCAAUACAAGUGGUUGAUGAGAACAUAUGUUACUCCAAUAUUACUAAAUAAAUUUAAUUCCAACAUCCCGGAUACAUGUGCUAAAUGUGGAGAUAAAGGCAGUUUGAUUCACUGCCUUUGGGAAUGUCCUGAGAUUCAGAAAUUUUGGAAGGAGGUUUUGGAUAAAAUUUCACUUAUCAUUGGUAUUGAUCUCAAUCUCUGUCCUAGGUUGUGUGUCUUAGGAAUUUUUCCUGCUCAAACUCAAAUAAGCAAGGUCGAUCAAAAGUCCAUAAUUUAUUGUUUGGUGCAGGCUAAAUAUAGUAUAGCCAGGUCCUGGAAAUCUGUAACCAGACCCCAGCUAAAAACUUGGAUGUCUACAUUAUCAAGCUCUCUUGCCUUGGAGAAACUCACCUUUAUGAUUAAAGGUAAAUACUAUGUGUUCCAAAAGAUAUGGGAAAAGUUUUUGCUAUUCUUGGAAAAUUUAAAUACUCAUAAUGAGGAUUGACUGAAUGUACUCUGGCUAAUUUUGAUUAUGUUUAUUAUUCUUAUAAUGACUGUAAAUCUGUUAUCUUCAUGUUAAUUCCAAAUGUAUGAAACUUAAACACUGACGUCGGGAUGCCUAGAACCAGGGAGGACGUUGCCUUCACCUCAUUCCUAGCCUGUGGACUGUGAUUAAAUCUCUUGGACUAAGUCUCUACAUACUCCCCUGAGAUAUCAAUCUUAAAAUAUUUUGUCUCACUGUAAUCAACUAAUGCUGGUCACCUUGAAUGUUUAAAUUGUUAAUGUGUUUUCUUUUCUUUUAGUUUUGUUAAGUGUUUUGUACACUUGUGAAUUAUUUGUCUGUAUGUCUCUUUGAAUUGUAAAAGACAAUAAACAGAUUUUUAAAAAAAAAAA